AUGUUGUUCUCCAAGCUUCUCGUGGCAGCGUCUCUGCCGCUCGGCCUCUUUGCCAAUGAUGCGCCCAGGACAGCCUCCGUCCCCGAGCUCGAGCUCGAGGCAUAUCUCGCAAAGCACAAUCUUGCAUUGGUGCCUCGGUCAGAGCUCACUGAAGCGCUGACGGAGCUCAAUGCUCUGCUCAGAGAACAAAGUCAAGAGAAGCAGCGAAGGGCUAUCCUCAAACCUCUAUACCCACGACAAAAUGACUCGGGAUCAGAUUCAGGCUCAAGUUCAGGGUCCAGCUCCAGCACGAGUGGCAUAGAUCUUGGAGACCUGCUGGGAGGAGCCGGUGAUCUCGGUGAUAUUCUGGGUAGUCUCACCAAACUGGUCACUCAGCUGGGUGACAUCUCAGGAUAUCUCUCGGCGCUUCAGCAAUUGCUGAGCGACGAGUUCCUACAGGCGCUGCAUGAUGCCAUGGUGUACCUGUCGCAACUUCUUCAGCCUCCAAUCCCGGCCAUCACCCGGGAUAUUCUCACCAAGACCCAGCCGCUUAUUGAUUUGCUCGGUUCAUUGGAUCUGGAGAGCAUCAUCAAUGAGCUCAAGGAUGUCGACAUCGCCGGCCUAGUCAAGGUCGCCUUGACUCUGCUGACGGCUGACAACCUUGCAAACAUCCAAAGCCUACUCACAAAUGGCGCAGCUUUGUUGACGCCCUCGUUUGUGAAUGAGACGCAGGCGCUCAUUGGCGACGUCUCGCCGUUGCUUGACUCGCUAAGCGGCAUUGACCUCAAGGGCGUUCUGGAUGCAUUGUCUCCUCUCCUCACGGCAGACUCCAUCCAAGGCCUUGUUGGUCUGUUGGGCAAUGCAGAGGAUCUUCUGACAGCAGACACUGUCUCUUCAUUGAAAACAAUACUCGCCAGUGCACAGCCGCUCAUCGACAGUUUGGGCAAGAUCGACCUUCAAGGCAUCCUGGAUGCGUUAGCACCCUUGCUUACUCCGGACUCGGUCCAGGGCAUCGUUGGCCUCUUGGGCAACGCGGAGGAUCUCCUGACAGCAGACACUGUCUCUUCAUUAAAGACAAUACUCGCCAGCGCACAGCCUCUGAUCGAUAGUCUGGGCAAGAUCGACCUCCAAGGUAUCUUAGACGCCUUAUCGCCUCUUCUGACUCCAGACUCGGUUCAGGGCAUCGUCGGCCUCUUAGGUAACGCAGAGGAUCUCUUGACAGCAGACACCGUCACCUCGCUGAAAACAAUACUUUCAAGCGCACAGCCUCUGAUCGACAGCCUGGGCAAGAUCGACCUUCAGGGCAUCCUAGAUGCCCUCUCUCCACUUCUUACGCCAGAUUCUGUGCAAGGAAUUGUUGGUCUGCUCAACAAUGCCGAGGAUCUCUUGAGUACUGACACGGUCUCGGCACUGAAGUCGCUCCUCUCAAGUGCACAACCUUUGAUCGAUAGUCUGGGCAAGAUUGAUCUGCAAGGCAUACUUGAUGCUCUGGCUCCUCUCUUGUCGCCUAGCUCAGUCCAAGGUAUCGUGGGACUUCUCGGAAACGCUGAGGACCUCUUGACCUCGGACUUCGUGGACCAGACAAAGUCUCUGAUCGCAGGAGCUGCGCCAUUACUUUCUAGCCUUGGCAGCCUUGACUUGAAGGGACUGAUAGACCAAGUUACACCAAUAUUGAACGAGAUCAGCCAGCUGGAUCUCAAGAGCUUGUUUGAUGCGAUCAGCCCGUUGCUGACGGCAGAUUCCAUCAAGGGCAUCGAAGGACUUCUUGGAAAUGCUGAGAAUCUCCUGACAUCUGACUUCGUUGAUCAGACAAAGUCCCUCAUCGCAGGGGCCGGGCCACUACUUUCCAGUCUCGGCGACAUUGAUCUGAAGGGCUUGCUUGAUCAAGUCACACCACUGCUCAACAGCCUGAGCAAGAUCGACCUUCAAGGUCUCUUUGACUCUAUCCAGCCGCUGUUGACUCCUGACGCCGUUAAGGGAAUUGUUGGGCUACUAGGCAAUGCUGAGAGCCUCCUGACGAGCGAUUUCGUUGACGAGACCAAGACUUUGAUCUCUGGAGCUGUGCCUUUGAUCUCAGCUCUCGGCUCCAUCGACUUGAAGAGUCUAAUCGACCAACUGUCACCUAUCCUUGCUGCACUUGGCAAGAUCGACUUGGUGGGCUUGAUCAACCAGCUGCAGCCUAUCUUGACUGCGCUUGGCAAGGUCGAUCUUUCGAGUCUCAUUGAUCAAAUCGAACCUAUCUUGAGUGCUUUGAGCCAGGUUGACUUCGCCACCCUGAUCAAGCAAGUCAGCCCUCUUCUGAACGAACUGGGUGAAAUUGACCUCAAGGGCCUGUUCGACGCGAUUGCGCCACUGCUUACACCCGACUCGGUCAAGGGCAUCGUUGGACUUGUUGACAAUGCUGAAGACCUUCUCACCAGCCAAUUCGUCAACGAAACUCAAACACUCAUUGGUGGCGCGACACCCUUGGUAGCAGCCCUUAGCCAGGCCGAUCUCUCUGGCUUAUUGAAGCAGCUUUCGCCACUUCUUUCUGCACUUGGCCAGAUCGAUCUGGCUGGACUCGUGAACGCUGUAAAGCCGCUCUUGAAUGCUUUGGGCAGUAUCGACGUCCAGGGCAUCGUGGAUGAGAUCACCCCACUGAUCACACCAGAAUCGGUGAAGACGCUUCUGACGCUUCUCGCCAAUGCUGAAGAUCUGUUGUCGGCAACAUUCGUCUCGCAAACUACGGAGUUGAUAGGAGACGCCACACCGCUGGUCGCAUCGGUCUCGGAUUUCGUCACCGCUAUUUUCCAAGCGCUGUCGCAAUGA